GUUCACCCGUGGCCACAUUUUGCUGCAUGAUAUCAAAGGCACCUGGCACUCUGCUGGUGGAUUAAUUGGCCAUUAACCUGACAACACAACACAUCUUUUACUUACUUUUACUUCAUCACGGUGCAAAUAAGUUUGCGGCAAAUGUCAUGGCAUAUGGUGGAAGAUGACAACUCUGAAGACGACAACUCCAGAUCACAGGGAUAGACAUGUGCCCAACAACAUGGAGCAGCUGGCUUUCAAAUAUAUGGAGUUGUGCAAAGUGGAGUCCAGCACUGAUUCUGACUCCGAGAUCAGUCCAAGGUGGUCGGACACCAGCACUAUGGGAUGUGUGAGCAGUACACCAGAGAGUGGGACUUUUCGGCGGAUAUUGCCGUUAACACACAAGCCUGCAGGAAGUUACUCUUUGUUUUUGGAUCCAUAUGAUGGGAGCUCUGAGGAUUCUGACGAGUCAAACAUUGAUGUGGGUGUCUCCAGCAGGCAAACGAGGCAGCAGGGAAAAGGUGGUUGUGGAAAAGGAGGAGGCUGUCGGUUCUCGGGCAGGAGCAGGAGAUUUAUCCUUCAUCACCCUGCUUCUGUUUCCCUCAGAGAAGUGGCGAAAAAUGGGAUGAGAGACCCCGUAACGGAGCAGCAGCAACAUCUUUUGGAUGUCCAGAUGAAAUGUGGGAGUGACUCUGAGCUGUGUGUCUGUGACAUUAUGCCCUCCCAUAGUGACAGGGAUGGCUGUAGAGAUCUUACAGAAGAAAUGGCCAAUGAUUCAACAAUGCACAGCCAAACCACGGACAUAGAAAUGCAUUGCCAAUUUGAUGAUUCAGGCUUGCAUGCUACAAGGCCCUCCGCAUCCUACUUCCCUGGACCUGUAACCCCGGUGGAAGGGAGUUUGUCCCAGAUGCUGGACAGCUCCUCUGAGACAUCCCCCUGCCCCUGUAACCUCAGAUCGAUGUACAAGAGAAAGCUGGGUUUCCCUGAAACAGAAGUGGUGGAGCUGGGUCAAAGAAAGAGGCGCCGCGUUGUCAACAUGGAUGACGAACAAAAAGAAAGGGACUCUGCAUCUGAACCAUGUUAGAGCCAUCUAAUCGUGGACUGACAGACCGAAGUACUGCAGUCAUUUUCAAUGCCUUAAAUGAUUUAAGGUAGAAAGGACUAUAAAUAGUUACUUGGCAAUGCACUUUUUUUUUCCUUAUGUAUCGAUACAACGGUGUAGAGACCUGAGGGUUUAUAUUUGUACCUCGUUAUUGUCUCAUAUGUGUCACAUAAUGUAUCGAUUGUCUUGAAGCAGUUGUGAUUUUUGUUGGAAGACUUUAGUCUCCAUAAUGGACAACCUAUGCACUGGUAAUUAAGAAACUGUAUUUUCCCCAUCUGCCGAUUAAAGAAAAGCCUACGUUCAAAA